GUGUGAACCAGAGGCUGAACAACAGGUUGGAUAAAAAAGCCUUGACUACAAUAUUCAUCACAUCUUUAAGAAGCAAAGGAGAUUAUAAAGGCAAAGGAGCAAUAUUCAUUUUCACACCCUAAGAGUUGGUUGGAGGACGCUUCAGAUGAAAAUCAAGAAAACCAAGGACAUAAACUAGCCAUGGAUCAUCAUUUUCCUUGAAGGUUCAAAAGUGAUGCUACAACAGCAGUGUUACAAAUCUGAGCACAUAGGUAGUGUGAAAAAGACUUGAACUUCCUGUGCCAGGAACAAGACAAUGAAACCCUGUUCUACUCAUGCAAAAUAUCCACUACGUCUUACUGAGAGACGACACAAGGUAAACUGAUGUGGUCUGCUUAUGCAAACGCUUAGUACUCGCACUUUGACUGCACAAUUACGCAACAUUUUCUUGAGCGGUAACGAGCUGGUGCUUCUGUCAGACUUGAGUUUCAUAUGUUGGAUGUGUGGAUUAAGAACUUUUGUAGAAAUUUACGUUUUGGUUUUCUGUUGUGAGAGCAACAAACCGAAUAACCUUGAACGCAAAACUUUAAUACUUCUAAACUGAAGAUGAACAUUUCACAAAGAAACUGCACGAAGGAUGAAUUCAAAUAUAUGUUGUACAGCACCGUUUUUAGUAUGGUCUUCAUUCUGGGGCUCAUCUUUAAUGUGGUGGCCAUUUACAUUUUCAUAUGCAGACUAAAAGUCCGUAACGAGACCACGACCUACAUGCUGAACCUUGUUGUGUCGGAUACGCUAUUCGUCCUUAGUUUACCUUUCAGGAUGUUCUACUUCAUCAAUCGAAAGUGGCCUUUUGGCAACGCCCUCUGCAAGAUCUCAGUGGCCCUGUUUUACACCAAUAUGUACGGUAGCAUCCUUUUCCUCACGUGCAUCAGCGUGGAUCGAUUUCUGGCUAUCGUUUACCCCUUCGCAUCCCGGACCCUGAGGACCAAGCGCAAGGCGAGAAUAGCCUGUUGUGCGGUCUGGCUUCUUCUGCUCUCCUGUGGCAUCCCUGCAGGUUUUCUGAUGGACACGACGUCGUCUAACACUGGUACGCAGUACUGUUUUGAAAAGUUCUCAAACUCGCAGUGGGCAUCUAAGGUGUCUAGAGUGGUGGUCUUUAUGGAGACGGUGGGCUUCUUGAUUCCACUUAUGAUAAACUUCAUCUGCUCAAUGAAGGUCCUUCAGACCCUACGACACCCGGAGAGCAUCAGCCGGGGAGGGCAACUCAACAAAACUAAGAUCUUGCGCAUGAUCGUGGUGCACUUGCUGAUUUUCUGUUUUUGCUUCAUCCCAUACAAUGUAAACCUGGUGUUUUACACCCUGGUUCGGAGUCAGGUUAUUACAAACUGCACUGUGGAGAUGGUGGUCCGGACUAUUUAUCCAGUUGCAUUCUGCAUUGCGGUGACCAACUGCUGCUUCGACCCUGUGAUCUAUUACUUCACCUCAGAGACGAUUCAAAACUCUAUUAAAAGGAAAUCGUGUGCAGCCCCUAUAAACACUUUAAACAAUACAACUGAUAAAAAUGAAAGCAGCAGAAUUGAUUCUCUGAAUAAAAACUCAUCUUUACAAGUUAAAUUUAUCAACGAUGAGACAUCAGUGUGACUAAAACCCAGCCGACAUGUGUCAGACAUGGAAAACACUGCUAUACACCUCUAGCAGAAGUUGCUACGAGUGUUUUUCCACAGCAAUGGCUUCACAACACAGGAUAUACUAAACUCAUAAAACAUACUGACAAAAUAACACAAAUGUAUGUAUGUAUGCCGAGUAUAUCUCAUUUUGGCUGCUUCAUGGUGGGCAACAUCUACCUUAAAGUUUGACUGAUCUUCCAAUAGUAUAUAAAAUGGGACCUGAAACAGUAUUUCUAGUUUAAGUGUUAAACAAUUUCUUGAGCACAAAAUUAAGUCUAUGGUGCUUUUUUUUUAGAAAUGUCUGAAGCUCAUUGAGUUUGCUUAACUUAUCUUCUCCAUCCAUUUCUGUACAUGUAUUACCCAUUAAAAUGGCAAAUCUGG